GAAACCUGGCAUGCCAAAUGGCAUGCCUAUGCCACUUUGUACUAUGUUUUUAUCUAUUAACUGGCAUGCCAAUAGCGAUAGGCACCACACCAUGCCAGGUUCCCUAAGUACUAUGCAGGGCACUGAGUGA